CAGCCUGUCCCGGUAGGGCGUUGCCUGCACCCCAGGCUUGGUGGCCCCGCUGUUCCCGGGCCCGGCCCGCACCAUGGCGCACCUGCUGGGCCACCGCGGCUGCAUGGAGAGCCUGCGGGCCGACCUGCGCGACCUGCAGGCCGCCAUCGCCGACGUGUGCUCGCGGGCCGGCGCCGUGCGCUUCCCCUCGUGGAAAUUCCCCGACAAGGUGUCCUGCGAGCUGGACAUCGCCGUGCUGCUGCAGCGCUACCGGCACAGCGACAGCGAGCCCGAGUUCAGCCAGCACGCACACGUGGUGCUGCUGGAGCUGCUCAUUGACAGGCUGCUGCUGCUGCUGCAGAGCUUCACGGGCUAUGCCGAGGCGCUGCUGAGCGGGCGGGCGGUGCCGGCGCCGCGGGGCCCGGGACCCGGCAUGUCCGCGGGGCUCACGGCCAGGACCUUCUGGAGCUCCAUGCUGAAACUCGGCGCCCUCUGCCAGCAGCUCCGCGACCAGGUUGGGAAAUGUCAGCAGGAGCACCUGAAAUCCAUCUUGCCAGAAGUUUUGGACUCAGGAGCUGCCUCAGAGGAUGCCCAGCCCAGUUCUGUGUGCCCAGAUCCCAGUGCCCAGCCCAGGGCUGGCCCCAGCCCGGCUCUGAGCACCCGCAGUGUCCCCACACAGACCCCGGGGUCACCCCUUGGCUCCUGUGACAGCUGCUCCAGCGCCCAGGCCAGCCUCCACCAGGUGGGCAGAGCCAUCACCAGCAUCUGCCAGAGCCAGAACAUCCCUUCAGCUCUCAGCAAGUUCCAGGAGGUGCUGGAGGACGGCACAGGGAGAAGGAACCUCUCUGCAGCAGACAUGAGCUACUGGGCCUCGGAGCAGAGCAAGGACCUGUCCCGCAUCAACAAACACCUCCAGGGGCUGCUGCAGCAGCUCAACCCCGUGAGGGCUGAGCUGGAGCAGAUGGGCAAGCAGAAGGACAAGCUGCAGAAACAGGUUGAGGACUUCUCCAGGAAGCUGCAGGCAGAGAAGAGCAUCCAAGCAGAGCAGCAGAAGGCAGCUGAGCAGAGCCUGAAAGCCAAGGAAAAGGAGCACUCCAAGGCUGUGGCCAGGCUGGAGGAGGAAAAGGAUGAGCUCAGGAGAGGAGCUGCUCUGCUGGAGGAGCAACUCUCAGCCCUGAAGGAGGAGCUGGCAGCGAAGGAGGCGGCUGUGCAGGAGCUGGAGCUCUCCAAGACCACCUUGCUGGAGGAGGUGAGCACCACAAUGGUGGCCCGGAGCCAGGUGCUGGAGCUGGAGGAGAAGGUGCAGGUGCUCACAGGCCAGAAGGACAGCCUGGAGCAGGAGCUGAGUGCCACCAGGGUGCAGCUGGAGCAGGAGCUGAGUGCCAGCAGGGUGCAGCUGGAGAAGGAGAAGGUCCAUGUGGAGAGCCUGCUCCGGCACGAGGAGUCCCUGCAGGCCAAGCAGAGCACCCUGCUGCAGCAGCUGGACAGCCUGGACAGGGAGCUGGAGGAGAUGCAGGCCAGCCUGGGAGAGGCCGAGGAGGACAAGGCCCGGCUGGCAGAGCAGCUGGAGCAGAGCCAGCAGCAGAGUGGGAAACAGCUCCAGGAACAGCAGGAGCUGCUGGACACACUGCAGCAGGAGAAGCAAUCCCUGGAGCAAUCCAUCCUGGAGCUACAGGCCAACACAUCCCAGCUGCAGGAACAGGCACAGGAGCUGAGGGAGCGGGAAAGGCUCCUGGUGUUCUUCCCUGAUCUCCACACGCCCACUGAGAUGCAGUUUGAGAGCAGUGGGAACUUAACAGAGGACAUGAAGAAUCAGCUCCAGGCCAACAAGAUCAGGAUUGAGGUGCUGGAGAGGGAGAACACCCAGCUGGAGGCUCUGCUGGCCAAGGUGAAGGCAGCAGCAGAGCAGGGCGUGCUCAAGCUCAUCCCACAGGCCCAGCUGGGGUCCCAGCUCCUCAGGGCAGCCAGCAGGCAGGACAGUGGGCGGCUCAGCAGCGGGAGCAGCGGGGACAGCCCGGGGCUGCCAGGCUGCAUGGACAAGGGCUGGCACAGAGCUGCCAGCAGCCAGCACUCCAACAGACUCCGGGCAGAGCCCUCCCCCCAGGCCAAACCCUGCCUGUCGCUCCCAGUGCGCCGCCUGGGGCUCAGCCUGCCCUCGCUGCACACCGGGGCUCACCGCAAAUAAACACCGAUCACUCUGCAUUUCCUGACACACAAACUUCCCCCAGCAGCACCUGCCCUGCCCAGGGGACCUCGUUACCGGGUCUUGGUGCGUCAGGAAGGGAAAGCUGGGCUCUGCCUGCUUCCUGGGGGAGCUGCUCCAGGG